UCCCGCUCCCGUUACACCCGGGGGAAGGUGUUCCCGAGGCCGCUCCCAUCCUCACCCCGCCUCCCACUUCCCCGGCUCAAGCCUCAGCCGGCGGAGCCCCACUAUGCCAGACAGUUUCGACACUUUGCAAAGACAAAGAGCCCUAGACCAGAGGGAGGAGAAAGAAGAGGAGGAAAAGGAGGAGAGGAAGGAGGAAGAGGCUCUGUGAGCCGGGCCGGAUGAAGAAACUGAGGCUCAGAGAGGUUAAGGAACUUCACUGAGGUCACACACACAGCAGAUGCUUUAUUGAACGAGGUCUGAGUCUUCAGCCCACUAUAGUCCACUAUUUCAGGCCCACCUAUCCAAGCAGGAGCCUGAAUUCAGGAUCCACAGAAACGGCCCUGUUCUGUUGACCUCUUGCUGACCUCAAGGAGGAAGGUCUGGCAGGCAGAGCCCGGGACCCCCGGGACGCAGAGACGUGCAGACCUGUGUCCUGGCAUGGCCGUCAGACUCCGGCUGCGGUUCUGCCCUCUGACAGAUGGUGUACUGGCACCUGCAGGCUCCGGGGGCAGCUCCUGGGGCAGCUGCUGGGGCUGAGUGCUGGAAGGGACACGCUCAGGGAGUUAGCAACCUAGGUUCCACCUCAGCGCCUCUGCAAUCUGGGCACAACCUUGGGCUGCUCUGUCCCCUCCCUGAGCCUCAGAAGAUGGUACAGGAAGGUGGAGGCAUCAUGUGUUUCCCUGUGAUCCUGAAAUGCCGCCAGUCUUGCUUCCAAGCCAUGGCAGCAGGCACGGGGACAAAGCCUUCUCCUGUCGUCUCUGCUGCCAUUUGCAGGCCCCCGUGAACGGGGCGCUGCCUGGCAGCCCUGCCUCGGGGCUGCCGGACCCCCUUGCCUCCCAGCCUGGGCUGUGGCCUCGCAACCAGAAACUCAUUUCCGCAAGCAGCAGACUGGCUCUUUCCUCGGGGCCCAGAAGGACUUAUUAAGUCUUCCACUAACUGAAUCUCAUUCAGCUGGAAAAAUAAUAAUCAGAAAGCAAUUCUGCCUGGUUACUGGUCUGUGAGCUCCCGAAAGUUUCUCAUAAGGAAUGUUCUAAAGCCUGCAGCCCUGGGAGAUGCGAAGCCAGCCCCGCUGCUCCCUCCCUAAGGGACAGGCCACCCGUGGUGUCCUCAGUCCGUCACCAGUGAGCAUCACUGGGUUUGCCAUCUGUCCUUCUGACAUUAAACAGGCCACCAAGAGGAGCUGGGGCCAGCGGCAUCACCCUGGGAAUACAGCACAUGAUGGACGGCCUCUGUGCGUUCCAGACAGCUACUAAACUGGCACAUCCCUGUUGACGGCAGCAUGCGGAGACCACGCUCUCGUUAAGGAUCGUCGGAGACCACGCGUCCUGAGGAGGGCAGCCAGGGCGGGGUCCCUGCGUCCCGAGCCCAGCCCCUCCCUUCCAGGUCUCACCCCCGAGGGUCCCUGGACUGUUGCAGAGAUUCAGUAGCCCUGAGCCCCCCUGGAUGGGAAAGGAAAUCACUGUUAUUACACGUAAUUAAAACUUCAUCAAGAGACAUUACCAGCUCACUUGGGAUCGUAGAAGAACAGGCCACAUUAUUUCCCAAAAGACAAAUUGCAGGCCAGCGAUCGGGUCCGCCAGGAAUGGGCUCUGCACCGCCCGGGCACGUCCAGGGCACAGGGGCAGCUGCGUCUCCCUAGGGGCGAAGUUGGCCCUCGCAGCCCCCGAGGCCUCUCUGGGUACCCCAGCUUCCCCUCGGAUCACACCUGCACCGCUAGGGAUUUCUUUGCGUCUCUGCUCUGUGUGGUGGGUUUCCUCCCGCCCGUCACCGGAGGCCCCAGUGGACGUGAAGAUGGUGACCGUGCGGAGGAGGACCCUCAAAGUGCUCACCUUCCUGGUGCUCCUCAUCUUCCUCACCUCCUUCUUCCUGAACUACUCGCACACCACAGUGCCCACCGCCUGGUUCCCCAAGCAGAUGGUCCUGGAGCUCUCGGAGAACCUCAGGAAGCUGCUCAAGUCCCGGCCCUGCGCCUGCGCCCACUGCAUCGGCCAGCAGGGCCUCUCGACCUGGUUCGACCAGCGGUUCAACCAGACGGCGCAGCCCCUGCUCAACACCCAGAACGCACUCCUGGAGGAGGACACCUACCAGUGGUGGCUGAAGCUGCAGCGGGAGAAGAAGCCCAGCAGCCUGAACGACACCCUCAAGGAGCUGUUCAGAGUGGUGCCCGGGAACGUGGACCCCCUGCUGGAGAAGCCGGCCGCGGGCUGCCGGCGCUGCGCCGUCGUGGGCAACUCGGGCAACCUGAAGGAGUCCUCCUACGGGCCCGAGAUAGACAGUCACGACUUCGUGCUGAGGAUGAACAAGGCCCCCACGGCAGGGUUUGAGGCCGAUGUGGGCAGCAAGACCACCCACCACCUGGUGUACCCCGAGAGCUUCCGGGAGCUCGGGGAGGAUGUCAGCAUGGUCCUCGUCCCCUUCAAGAUCACCGACCUGCAGUGGGUGGUCAGCGCCACCACCACGGGCACCAUCUCCCACACCUACGUCCCCGUCCCCGCGAAGAUCAGCGUGAAGCAGGACAAGAUCCUCAUCUACCACCCGGCCUUCAUCAAGUACGUCUUCGACAGCUGGCUGCAGGGCCACGGGCGCUACCCGUCCACCGGCAUCCUCUCGGUCAUCUUCUCCAUGCACAUCUGUGACGAGGUGGACUUGUACGGCUUUGGGGCAGACAGCAAGGGGAACUGGCACCACUACUGGGAGAACAACCCAUCAGCAGGGGCUUUCCGCAAGACAGGGGUGCAUGAUGCUGAUUUUGAGUCCAACGUGACAGCCACCUUGGCAGCCAUCAACAAAAUCCGGAUCUUUAAGGGGAGAUGACGUUGUGAAGGGUUAAGGACAGACACACCUUGCUGUACCUCGAUUUCCAGCCUCGGAGCUCGCUGGAGUUUCUCCCUUUCUCCAGGGCCAGCCUUGGGGUGCCCCGGGGCCACGCGCAGCCUCCAGCACCCCCGUUUUCAGCAGUAUCUACUCAGCAGAGCCGCCCCACUCUGACGGGGCCACAGAGCAAGUCUUAGAACCUGUCUCAGGUGGGAGAGUCCCCCUCUGCUGUCCCAGCGCUGGGAGAAGCUGCGGUGAUGCGGGAAAGCUCCACGUGAAAAUGAUUCUGGCUUCUGGGGCGGAGGGGACCGAUAUGGAAGACCCCCUAUGCUAAAGACAGGCGACCUCCCAGGGAAACAGGCAGAGGCCGGCAGGCCUGACUGUCCCUGACGCUCGCUGGGCUGUGUGAGUGACGGCCACCUCCAGGCCAGAGCCUCACCAGGCCACGCACACACUGGGCGAGGCGCUGCCUUCUGCACGAGGCCUGGCCUCUCGCCCAGGGUGACGGCCCUGCCGUCCCUUUCUGAAGCUCACUGCUGGCGACCAGGACAGGUCUCUGACCCCAGAGGUCGUCACAGGCGCUCAGCCACUGGCUUCCCACAGGCGCCAACGCCUCUUCCCAACUCUUCCUUGGAGUGAUCAAUCUCCGUGGUUCUGACCGUGGCCGAGAGCAGACCUGACCACGUCCAUGUGCCUUUGUCCUGGGGAGAAAUGCAUGCACAGCUGGAGAGAGGCCGAGCCCCACCUGAGGUGGGCGCCCCAGCCGCCCCGGCUCCAUGGUGGGGGCUCGUCUUCCGGUGUCUGAGUGAUGACUCUCAGCCCCCGGUCAUCAGCCGAGGAGUGUCCGCUCUAAUUUCUGUGGACCACUGGGUUUGGUGCCGUGACCGUCCAAGGCCACGCAGGGCCUGCCACAGCCAGCCUUUUCCCCGAGGGCCCAGGUCUGGGCCAGUCCCUCUGGCCACCUUCUUGGCAUCCUGGGGGUGGGAUGGGGCAUCCAAGGAACGGCGACCUGCACAUACCUCAUCUCCCUCCUCGUCACUCUCCCUCCUCGCCGGCCUUCCUGAUUAUUUAUUGAUUUUAUUUUUAAUUCAACUGACACUGUGUGCACUCUGGCUGCUGAUGCUCCUGGUGUUUUAAUCAAGCUUCUGCUUCCCCAGCAGCUGGGAUGGGGGUGUCCAGGCUGGGGCCGGCUGGCAGGCAUCCCAGGUGUCACAUCGGCAGCGUGUGGACAGUCCCGUCCUGCCUGCUGCCCAGCACCCGCUUCUCGUAUCCCUCCUUCUGACCCGACUCAUUCUCAGGCCAGGAGUCUCCCAGCUCAGCGAAACCCGCACUUGGGUGGGAGGAGUGGAGCCACAGGCACGGGGACAGUGACGAGGGUCAGUGACUGUUGGCUGCAGUUACUGAUGUUGUCAGAGAAGCCACUCUUCCCAUGCCAAACGUUUCCUGAAGGCCGGUGCUGCCCGGGGAGGUGGGGCGUUUUCCUGGUGGAGCGUGAAGGGCGUAGUCGGGUAAGCCAUGGGACCGGCUGUCCCCAGCUCAGGUCCCCUGUGCAAACUGGGGGGCAGGAGUCACAGGGCCUUGGGACCACCUGUGGCUUCAGGCCAUUCACAGGAGUCCUCAAAACUUGCACGUCAGCUUCAGUAUUUUCCCAAGUCUGCAUUAGAGCAUUUAGGGAUAGAAGUUUCCGUAGCCUUUAUAGACUCUCAAAGAGUCAGGAUCCGGAGGUGGUUUUGUUUUGUUUUGUUUUGUUUUUUAAAUCUGUUUAAGCUUUAAAAUCUUCCCGUACUUGAGACUCUCUUUGGGUAGAGGGUGGUCAGUCAACUUGAGGCCUUGGUGCAUCCUCUGAGACUAGAGGUCCCAGUCGCAUGUGGUGUGAAGAACUCAGCGGAUGCUUGUUGGUCGCUGAUCUGCCCCAGGGACAAACUCCCCUGGUGCAGAGAAGAGUGUGGACUUGGGCCCCGCCUGCCCUUCUCCUAAAAGCUGGGGUUUCAGGUGACAGGUUCAGGCUGAGGGGCUACAUUCUGGUUCUACUGAGUAAGAACAAGUCCAGAGGUGGGUUUGAGCAGGAUGCCACCUGGGUCGCUAGUCUGGUCCCCAUCUCUUCCCUCCUUCCCUCCCUCCCAUGAGGAUGUUGUGGCUGCGAGGUGUCUUCCGGCCCACGAGUUCAGAUCUGCAUUUUACAGAUGAGCAGAGCAGGGCCCGGGGAGGGGAUGUGACGGGAAAUUACCUCGGUUGUAAGAGUACAAGUGCAAGAGUUGGAGCAAGAACAGGACGUGGCUGGCUCAUGUCUGAAAUGCAGGCCCUUCUUUGUGUCUCACUGGCUGAGCGGCGGGCACGUGACCACGGGAAAGCCAGUCACUGUGGCAGAAUGCAGUGCACUGAUCGGCCUGGGGUGGGAUGGCCGAGAAGCAGCCUUGCCGGACAAGCUCUUCUGUGCCUACCGCAGGCAGAGGUUACUGGUCUGUGCUCCUUGGGCCGCUGGAAACCAGCCCUGAGCUGGGCAGGGAGCAGGGGCUCCUGCCUGCAGCACACAGAGUGAACCCGAGGCCCCCGAGGUGGGCCCACGAGAUCUCGGCAGCUGCCCAUCCUCCAGGCGCCCGGGUGAGCCGGCACCCAGUUUGCUGGAGAUUUGCAUGACACCCUGCUUGUGUCCACUGCUAGGAGGAAGGACAGGUCUGUAGCCUUUGGCUCCCUGGAGGAAUGUAGGACAGAGAAGAAAUUCUUCAACAUUUUUGAAACUGGGUUUGUCGAGCAUCGCCCAGCAGACCGGGUGGCCUGGCUUCGCAGGAGAAGUCAGAUGCCAGCAAAGAGCAGGACAGUCAGGGAAGCCAGCAAGAGAGCGCAGUCGAGACCCCGCAGCCAAUCCUACCUCCCUGUGACCCGGGCCUCGGGGUUGAGGUGGAGUAGAACCGGGAGAGCAUCCGGCCUGGCUCCUGUGCCGCCCCCUUUCCCCUCAAGGCAGCGAGAACACAAGUAGGAAACCCUCCCUCACCUGGUUAGGAUGGAACAUGCUUUUUCCAGGGACCCAGCCCCAGGGGGCCGCUGCCCAGCCAAAGAGGGCCACUCGCCAAUCAUGCACCCUCAGGAACCAGCAGCCGUUAGUUCCCUGUGGAUAUCGCGCUGUCCAGUGUGGACACAUGUUUUGUGACUAACGUGGCCACAGGCUUCCAAGCUGCUCGUCCCCCUGUGGCCUGGGCCAGCCAGUUUUGAGACCGUCAGAUCUCCCUUCCUGUUUGUCAUGAGCGUCCCCCGCUCUGUUUCCCUGGGUGCUGCCUGUCACCUGUACAGAGGAAAGGGGAGGAGAGGUCAGAGCCGCUCCCCAGCAGAGCCACAGGGGCCGUCCUCUUCCUAGCAGCCCGUCUGCCUGCCUCCAGCCUCCUGAUCACCUUCCAGCCCAGCAGGACCCUGACCCCAGCUCAGCUCUACCCUGGUACCAGGUUGCCCUCAGCUGCCCUCCUGCCAGGGCCCCAGGGCCAGGUUGGUAGCUUUCAUCUCAGCUGCACCAGGAGCCGCCCGCGUGGCGGGCGGGAGGGUCCCUCCUGCAGAUGGCUUCGGCCCCGCCCACGCCCCUCCAAGCCAAAGCUGAUCAGCACUUUUCCUCCUUCGCCAUCUCCUGCCUUCCCUUGUUGGUGAUUCAGCUUUUGCUCCCCUCCCCCCACCCCGUGUUGACUUUGCCGCUGAGCGAUGAUUGACCUGGAUGUGAUUUGAAUGACAUUGGCGAGUCUGCCUCUCUCAGCCCCUGCUCUGUUUUAUUUAUUGUGGAAUAUUUCAAUGAUCCGAAUUGAAGUGAAUUAAAAAAGAGCUAUUUUAUCGUU